CAUUUCUCUACUACCGGUAGUAGCAGCCAGCACCAUGCUCUCGUUCGUCGCCCGGCAGUACAACUGGUACAAGCUCGAGUUCGGCCUGACGCUGCUCUCGCAGUGGGAAGUCCUCGCCUUCAACUCGGUGGUCCUCCUCGUGCUCAGCGCCCUCGUCUACUACAGCGCGCAGGCCGUCGGCGCGAUCCUGUAAUUCCUCAAUUUAAUACGACGCCCAUGGCUACCUACCAAUG